AUGUUGUUCUUUAUGUGGCCCUGCCCGCACGUCUGGCUGCUCCCUCACGGCCCAGAAGCUGGUCCCCUCUUUGAGACUGCAGCAAUGGCCCACCCUCGCGCCACCGGCACCAUGGCCUCCACCAUGGUGGCCUUCUCCCUCGAUCCCCGUGCGAUCCCUGCCGUGCUGCGGCCCAGCUCCUUGGCCGCCCUUCCUUUAGCCCACCCCCGGCCCCGUGUGGCCCCCCCACACCGCCCCCACCCAUCCCCCUGCCUCCCGAGCUGGUGUCGUGGGAGGUGCCUGCUCUCUGACCCUUGUCCCAUGUGGAGGCGUCACGUUCCCCUCCCUGGCCAUGGUGAAUGUGGUGGGGGGAGUGUGACCACACUUUUGUGGAUUGACAGUGCCAUUGGCAGAGUCUCAGCCACCAGGUCUUCCAGCACACUUGUUGCAACAACAAGCACAGGGUACAUAUUGGAAUGGACACUCAAUAUAACAAAACAAGAGCUCCAACUAAAAUCAGGGUUUAUGUUGCAAGGUCAAGAUGUACCACGCAGCAUAAGGACUCAGAUUGAUGAAUCAAGUGGAGUUGGGAUUGCUACUGCAUCCUUUAAUUCUGAAGAUAUAACACUUUUUGUUGUAGGAGCUGAAGUGGGUGGCAUGUUCCUCUGCUCAACAACCCGUGAGGUACCCACUGGUGUGACAUUUGCUGGUAUAGGACUGAAGAAGUGUGUAACCUCUGUGUUAGCCCCUCACACAGGACGGGUCAUAACCGCAGAAUGUUCUCCACACCACAGAAAUGCUAUCUUGUCUGCAGCUUCAGAUAAUGAAAUUAGGCUUUACAGUCUCCUUCAGCCCAACAGACCAGUAAGUGUGAUAUACAGUGAACAGAACAUUAGUUGUGCACACUGGUCGCUGUCCAGGCCAUUGGUUGUUGCUGUGGGACUUACAACAGGCCAGGUUGUACUUUAUGACUUUGGUCAGAAAAACUGCGAACCAUUCCUCACUUUACCAGCUGCUGAGAAACCUUCUCCUAUUACUACGACAGCUUUUAAUAAGAAGAACAUGGCUCUAAUUGCUGUAGGUGAUCAGUUGGGGAGAGUCUCCCUAUGGCAGCUACCAAACAGUGCUGUUUCUCCAACCUCAACUGAACUUUCCACUCUUUUUACACUUUUGGGCAAUCUGACUGAGUAGUCUCUAGUCCCAUGCACAACCAGGCUAUAUAAUAAAAUUGAAGUUAAAGCAAUGAAUAAUUAAUGGAUAAGCUAUAUUGAAAAUCUUAGGAGAUAUUUGGUUAAAAUCUGAAAAAUGCAAUUUUAGCAUUUUUGUGAAAUACUUCACCCUUCAAAAAAAUUCCCCUAAGUUUGCCCCCUCCCCAUUUUUAUGAGGGGUAAGUAACCUCAUGUCAGUUACCUUACAAGUUUGCAUAUUCCCUUUGUGAAAUGGACAUAACAUUGCUGUCACACCAUAAACUAUAUUAUCAAAUACAUUUUGCCAUGGGUUUACACCAGGUUUUAUAGAUGUAAAAAUAAACGUAGCUUUGAAAAUAAAUUAUAUUUUCUUAAGGGAACCAUUCCCUUACUUUGAAGCUAUUUUUAGGUCACCUGGGUUAUACCAUUAUGUACUUGUUUUAUUAAUUUGUUUUUUGUUGUUGCUGUUGUCUUUUGGACAAACUUUAAAACUCACACCUUUUUAUACUCACCUAUUGGUGAUCAUCUCGAAGCGCAAAUGUUUUGAAUCUUUAUUUUGCAGUUUGAACUGACUGAGACAGUUCUGUGCCAUUGCAAGAGAAAUAACUUCAUAGUUCAUCAGCUAUGACUGUGGAGUCAUUUUUUUUCUAUAUUGACACUCUGGUCAUAUUUUGAAUGUGCAUCAUUGUUCCAGUUGCCUUUAUUAUUAUUAUCCAAGAUAUCAUAUCCAUUUACUUCUGUGGCUGUGAUAAGUUGAGUAAACAGUGCCCAAUGCAACAGGUAUAGAAAAAGGUGUAAGCGAGAAUGAAUAAAAAUCCAUCUCUUGCACUGCGAAUAUAUUCACUCUCAUUCAUAGGCUUUUCCAUAUAUGUAGAGAUAUUUGGAAAAAUCACAGGUCGUGUUUGUUAAACACUUGCGGCACUUUUACAAGAAACAGAGACAAUAUUGAGAAAAGCCACUCCCAUCACACACCUCUGUAAUUAUAUGAGAAAGAAAAUUGUACUUGACUCAGUUUGUUCAGAAGAUAAAUCAAUAAAAUUGCACCGAGUGAAGUAAA